GUUUGCCUUUAUUACACAAUAUGGCGGACACGCGGCUCUACGAUAUUCUUGGUGUCAGCCCCAAUGCGAACGAUACAGAGAUUAAAAAGGUAAGUUGGUUGUUUUUUUGAAGGCUGGAGUAAUCUUUGGGAAAUUCUUGAUGUAUCUAUGUGGUUUUGUCCCUUUAAUGUGGCAAAAUUUUCUAGUCCUACAGGAAGAUGGCGAAAGAGUAUCACCCUGACAAAAAUCCGGACGCUGGCGACCGAGUAAGUUAGUUUUCUGGGCAAUAUUUCAGUGUUCUGUUUCUCAGAGCUUUAGUCAGUUUAGAUACUAACUGUCAUUGUUUUUGUCCAGUUUAAGGAAAUAAGCUUCGCUUACGAGGUUCUUUCAAACCCUGAAAAACGCCAACUUUAUGAUCAAUAUGGUGAGAAAGGACUGCGUGAAGGAGCUGGAAUGGGCGGUAAGUCAACUUAUUUCGGUGUUCGCUAAACUCGUUUCUUUUCCUGCAAUUGGACGUACAUUUUGAGCUUAAACAUUGCAAACGACCCAUAAUUAGUUUUCCGUUUCGAUAUGACGUAUUACGAUCCAUGUUUGGUUUUGCCAAGGAAGCUGAGUUAUAAAGUCUGCUGGUUGAAAUUUGUUUCGCGUGCUUUUUGCUUUUGAACAACUUUUCGGUUAUUUACGUCUUUCUAACUAUCAUUUAUCCCUCAGGUGGUGGUAUGGAGGAUAUUUUGUCCCAUAUUUUUGGUGGUUUUGGCGGUGGAAUGUUCGGUAAGUGGAUAUUUGUGAUCCGGCUGGCGCCUGAACAUUUACGGUUCUAAGCAUGUUUAGAAUGGAAAAAAAUGCCAAAAAAGCGAAUCUCAACCGGAAGUGGAUUAAGCUAAGACUCGAAAAACUGACAAAUGAUUUAGUUCUUUCACGAUCUGCCAAGUUGCAGUUGUUGAAGUGGAAACAAAGUGGCAACAUUAUCGAGCGAUGAAAUUACUCAGAUUCUGUCAGUUGUAAUCUUCUGCGGCCUUUCUUGGCCAAGGCCCCUGAAUGGCGCAGCGCAGAAAGUCAACUUUGAGAAGAUAUUGGUGUCGAGAUUUCGAUAUCAGCCCAUGUCCUCAAAACUCGGUGAUGAAUUAAGAACAUUCCUUGUAACUUGCGGCUCUUUUGGCUUACCUACGUCAUGAAAUAAUCCCUUUAUCUUGUUUCGUUGGGGGAAUUUCUGUAAUGCCCUUUUAUUUGGAAACUGUUACCCCCUCUUCUAGAGCGCACAUAAAUGUUCUAUGCGCACACGACUGACACAUCUGAAACAGGUUGAAUGUGACCGCAUAUUGUUCUUAUGCAGUUGUAGUAUAGGACAAGUAUUUUUAAAUGCUUUAUAAAAAAAUUAAAUCUGAGGCUUUUAUGAUUAUUUUUUAAAGAAAAUUGAUCAGCCACUCUGUAGAGUAUAUUUUUUGUUCAAAAAUACUGUAGUAUUUUAUGCCUGCAUCACCCAUUGUUAGAAACCUCUUGUCACCAGGGAAACAACAAGAAGACCUUGAGUAUAGCAUCCUGGCUGUAGAUUACAUACAUUUUUAAAGUUGUACAUUAUAAACUUGUAACAUACAUUGUGGUAUAGUAGAUUAUUAAUCUUGGUCUUGAAUGGAUUAAUGAUACUUUGUACAUUUACCAAGGUGAAUUACCAAUUUAUUUUUGACAGUAAUUUUAUUAAAUUAAAAUAAAAGUUGAUGGCUUUCUCUAAUAUAUUAUUAGUGACUGAUGAGUAGACUUAUUAUCUAACUAUAAUUACGGAAAUAUUUGCCAAAUGUAAGGAGAAUAAAUUAUUUUUGUAUAUAUUAAUAACAAACUGAGAAAAAAGAAAUAUAUGCAUUUUUUGUGGCUUAAAAUCGUAGACCUCAACAGUAUAUUAAUAGUAAUUUCAAUCAUAAUUUUACUGUUACUACUCCUGGGGAAAGUAUUAUUCCAAAGGUUGAAGGGAAUUGUCAGAUAAUUUGUCUUAAAGUCAAAGAAGCACAAAGUUGAUGGCGGGGUAGUGAAAGUUAAUUAGGAAAUUUUACUUUCAUGUUGCCACCAGUGAUUAUAAAUUUUAAAGUCGAUGGCUUUUAUCAGGCCUUCUGAUAGCAUGAACAAUUCUGAGAAAUUUCCAGGAGGUCACAUAAAUGAGACAAAAAAUAUUUAUGUGGCAGAUUGUACGAUUCUUUAGUCAGUAGAAUUGACAUAGAAGGUCUUCUACACUAGGUACACAACAGCAGUUCGGUGUGAUGUUUCCGAAGUAAAAUUAACCCUGCAUUUGCCUUUGAUUUUUUGUCCAGAUUAGACAAAUUUUAUAUCUCAUGGGUUUUCUUACAGAUUAUGUGACUGGGUGUGAGAGAAAUAGCAAAUAAUUGUAUGAAAUUACACCAUUGCAUAAUAUAAGAGAGUUACCCCUUUAUAUCAUCAGUGAUUUUGUAGUGAAUAGUGGAAAAUUCCAGAUUCCAUGAAAAAAAAAAAAAAAUAAAUAAGAUUAAAAUAUUUGGAGAAAAAUAUUUUUUGCCAGGAGAAUGUCAAUAAAAUGUAAAAUGCUAGGGUGUUGAACAUUGUUCAGAGGUCAUGGAGUAGUUAUAGAAUCUAAUUUUUUGGUUUACCUGACUUAUCUUUUCUGAUAUGCUGACUAACUUGUACUAUAGACCCUUCUGCACCAGUUUAACAUGCUUUUUCUUUUUUAUUCAGAUCAAACAAUGUGAUAGUUAAUUUGCUAUAAAAAUGAGUUAUUUUAUGCAAAGAUUUUAUUAUAAUAAUGUAAUAUGAGAUGACAAUUUUAGUCUCGCAAAAUGCACAGUUUGAGUUUUGACAAGUUUUACGUCAUUAUUGCUUACUCCAAAGCCAAAAUGUUACAGUGAUCACUUCCACCCAUAAUUUGGCUUUAUUGUCUUUAAUUUAAAAAGUUCGUCAUUUUCUUUUGUCUAGAAUAAACAAACUCCACCCCGAUUUCUUGUUUGGGCAGAUUUUAUACUUGUUUGCCCCCUAAGAAACUAUGUGACAUGGCUUUUUCCCCACCAGUCUGUAUGCAUGCGCAAAAGAUGGCGGGAAUCGUGAAUAAGGUCGAUUGAGUGUAGUUGAAUAAUGAGAAAUUAUGGUUGUCAAAAUAACUUUUUGGGGAGAUAUCAUUAUUUUGUGACAUUAUGAUGCUACAAUUGCUUUUCUCUGUCUCCUGAGCAUCCAAUAAACUUCCAAAAAUAGACAUGAAAAACUUUCACCCUAUGCAGCACAGUAUACUAUACAGUAUAGUUCAUAGAAAUCAAGUUAAAAUGUUUUAUACUUAGCAGUGAAACCACUUGCCUUCAGCUUAUCAUAAACUUGAGUUUUGAACAUUUUUAUAUCAUUUCUAUGAUCUUGAUUAUUUUGGACUAUUUUGAUGAAUUUUUUGCUGUUUUGGGUAACAAGUUUAAGUUUACAAAUGUGAUUGAUGAAGUAUUCUGCAAAGUCAGCAAUUUGUGUACCUGUAACUGCAGUUUUCCUUAUGGUGAUCUCCACAUGUAACCAUGAUUGUUUUGCAGCUGCCACACUGUCUCUCCUUCCCAUGAUCAAUAUCCAGCGAAACUCUUUACGUCACUCCUUUUAUAGUAACUUUGGUUUCUGAAACUAACUGUAUCUUAUUACAGUCUAUAGGCUAGGGGUGUAACGGUUCACAUUCCUUGUGAUUCGAUUUGAUUAUUUCAAUUCAAUUAUGUAAAUGUUUGUUAAUUCUUAUAACAUAAUGCAGAAUGUAAACAACAUGCAACCCUAAACCCUCAAUUUUAGAAUAGUAACAGUGACAAAAGGAUCCACAGUUGCUUGGUCAUUUAUCGCUGUGUUUGAGAACCUGACAAAGAGCAAGUCGCACAUGGUUUGCCUUUUUUGGGAAUUCUCAUGGGAUGGUUGAAGGACAGCAUUUUUACCAGGCAACACAAAAUGGCGUACAAACUGCACGUCAAUCAAAAACGUGCAUUUUAAAGAGUCCCGGAUUCUGAUUUUACAAUAUAAUAACUCACUGGGGGCACCCUGGAAAAGGUGUGCAAAAAUCGAACCAAAAUUGAAACAUGGAAGCAAAGAAUUGUGAAUCGAACCAGUUAGUUUUUCGUUCUAACAUGAAAUGCUCUCUGGUGGAGUGUGAACUUCUAUCCAAUAUGUGACUCUCCACUCUAGAGAUUAGCAUGGGGCAGCUUUGCUCCAUUACAGAAAUUACACCGAAAUCACUGUUCUCACAUGUACAUGUGAACAGAAGCCCUAUGCAGUAUGGUUUUCAUGCUGGCGCAAAAGCUAUCUGGUAUGCAUUGGGUGCGAACAUAGCCUUGAUUUAUAAUGCCAUAUUACUACAGUAAAGUUUUUAUACAAAAUUGUUUCCCAGUUGAUGUAGUUGAUAGUCCUUAUUUAAUUGCAGUUUUAACCGAUUCUGUUGUUUGUUAUCAAGGUGGCAUGGGAGGAUUUAGACAUAGAAGAAGACGAGGAGAAGAUCUUUUUCAUCCUCUGAAGUAAUUUUUUGCUCUGUUUUGUGUGUGUGUGUGUGUGUGUUUGAUUAACACAUGAUUGUGUGAUUGACAUUUGCGUAAAUUUUACCUGUAUAAUCAAGCCCAUGCUCUAAGGAAAACUGAAGGGAGCCCAGUGCUCUAAACCUGUAAAAUCUAGGGUGCCCAGCAUAUGAUUUGUAUCAAAAGAGUAAGAUUUUCGGGUCACCCAAGGGCAAAAGUUAGGAGCCAGGGCCCAUCGGGCUUUGCUAAAAAGGAAUGUAGUAUUCAUUGUUGAGCCUCAAGAUGAUUUCUUUUGUUUUAUUGCCCCAAGUCUCAGACCCAGGUAUGAAUUUUAAUACCGGUGUGUCGAAAAUCGUCUACAUGUAUUUUUGUCAUCUAAAAAGUCAGGGAAAUUUGAAAACUGAUGUUUGUGGCAACUAUGGCCAUGGAUAGUACAGACCAUGGUCUUGUCUCUUUUGUGCAGUUUGCUAGAAAGUUGACUGUAAUUGUUCAUUGUCUAUAGUAACACUCUUUUACACCCGGAAAUGAGUACAAAAUGCUGCAAACGUUUACACAUGUACAGUGUAAAACCACCUGACUCUGGCCCUUGGUUCCACUUGAAUUUUGAUGUCAUUUCUAUGGUUGUGUUGACAGUGGAAAUAAUCAUUGUGCCUGAGCUCUUGUCGACAUUCCAGUCCUAGCAGCAUGCAGGAUGUUUGUCACCUACUUUAGUGGCCUUAGCUUCCAGAAGUCUUCUGUGACUCAGUGGUUGAGCAUCUGGACUAGUCACCAGGGCCGAGUUGUUCAAAGGCCGAUUAGUGCUAACCCAGGGUUAAAUUUUAACCCGGGUCUCUUUUUCUUUUCAUCAAUAGCAUUUUCUCGGACAAUUUUCUCUAUUCUUUUUAGAGUUGCCAAUCAUCAAAUUAUAGAGAAAAAGAAUUAAACUGAAUUUGCUUUUUAUGCUUUCAAAUCUGAAUUCAAAUUUUGCACUAACCGGGGGUUAUCUUAAUCCAGCUUUGAACAACCCAGCCCAGAAGGUCACAGGUUUGACUCCUAUUGGGCGAACUCAGAUGUUUUCUUCCAAACUGCCUGUUUCAUAGCCUCCCACGCAGGCAUUUUUAGGGGAGCUCGUAUUUCUUCCCUCUCCACAAAUGCCUGCUCAACUGAAGACAACAUUCCUUUCCCCAGCUUAGCCAAUCACAUUGUACUUUCCAAAUUCUGGAAAGUUGACCUUGACCGCAAGGUAAUCUGAUAAUUACUCGAUCUGCAUUAAACACUGGGAAAGCUUUCUGACCUGCAAUAAAUGUUAGAUUCAGAGCGGCAAAAAUAAGUUUUAGUCAAAAUUCAGAAUACUCCGUGCACUGCUUAACCUUAGCGAAGGAAAGAAAAGAAGGAAAACGGUAACUCUAAGGUCACGUUCAGUCGUGUUUAGCCUGUCAACACUUAAUUGCACAGUUGUUGAUUGGUCACCUACCACGUAAAUAAAACAAUGAGAAAGGAAUGUUGUUUUCCGUUGAGCAGGUGUUUGUGGGGAGGGAAGAAAUACGAGCUCCCCUAAAAACGCCUGCGUGGGAGGCUACCUGUUUCACUGACUGAUUAAACAUCUUUUUCAUAUUGUCUCUUUGUAAAGUCACAUUUCAUGGAAUGACGCUGGAAUGAUUAUGUCCUGAUGAGGCUAAUGAGCCUAUGCAUUAAAAAGUGAUGAUGUGUUUAGAAAAGACUUCUGCGAAGAAGUUAUUCAUUCUAACAGUAACUGCCAGGAAAUAAUGAUUUAACUGCCUUGCUUUCCUUUUUUUCUGCAGAGUUACAUUAGAGGAUCUGUACAAUGGCAAACAAACUAAACUGCAACUCAGUAAAAAUGUGAUCUGUUCAGUGUGUAAAGGGUAAGCUAGAAUAAGUAAGAAAUCUACUUAAAAAUAAUUUACAGAUUUUUAGUCGCACUAUUUUAUAGUACAUGUUUUAGUGGAGGUAUCUUUUAGAUUGAUAGUAGUUUAAUCUGGUCAAGGUUUUAUAAAGAUAUUAAACAAUAAUGUCAUUGGAUGAGGUUUUUAGUGAUAUAGGGAAUAAUCAAGGUCAAGUGUUAUCAGCCAAGCCUCAACCUUGAUUAUUCCAGGUAUCACAAAAACUGAAUCUAAUAUUGUUUUAUUAUGCACUGUUUUGAAGAAAAUAACGACAACCACACCACUGUACAGAACACAGUUUGACAUUGCUCUUGGAAAUCAUGCAUUGCGUGCUCAACCUACAGAUUAGUUAAAGAUUGAUCAUCAUUGGUAAAAAGAGCUUUGUGGCCUAAACAGGCAACACGAACUAGUGAGUUCAUGCGGGACUGCCCCCACAGAAACAAAUAUGUACUUCAGAACUUUAGAGUAAUAUAACCAAGACACAAUCCAUCUGUUACCUAGAUACAGUCUCUUAACACAUCCCUAUAACAACCACCCAAAUUCUACUGCCAGCUUUUAAUUUUAACAGUCAAUCGUUGAAGUUGCCUGAUGAGUGUGGUCCUGUAAUUUCGGACCAUAUGAAACAGCACUAUCGCAAUAAAUGAUCGAUGAUUAGUCCUGAAGCCUGAGCUCCUGUGAAGUUAUUAAUAGUGUAGGUUGCUCUGAUUUCCAAAAUUAAUGUAGGCUUUAAGCCAAUGAAAAGGCAGAUAGUGGGUACAAUGUAUGAUAAAUUAAAUAAUGUUCAACAUGGAGUGAGUCACUUUGAACCCAUGAUCUCUUGGGUGGGAUUUUUUACAGUCAAGCCAGGUCAACGCCUCCCCUUAAGAUUCUUGAAAGUUGAAUCUGUUGGUAGUUCUAAGUUUCAGAUUCAUCUCUGUAUUUUGCUUACACAAUGAGCAGAGCAUUCUUGCUUGAGGUACAUGUAGUUAUGAAAUUUCUGCCAGCUCACUUUUCUUGAAUUUGAUGAAUGUCUUUUGAUGCCUCCCAAUUCAUGCAAUAAGAAAUUUAUGGAGGCCAGCAAUGAAUUGUAAGCUGGCUGUUAAAUUCAUUGAAAAAUACACCAAGGAUAACAUAAUCUCAAUUACUCUGCAGUGCUGGAGGGAAACCAGGGGCUGUUCGCAUGUGUCAGGGAUGUAAAGGACGUGGUAUUAAGGUUACUAUUCGGUCGAUUGGUCCUGGCAUGGUACAACAGAUGCAAUCUUCUUGCAAUGAAUGUAGUGGCGAGGGUAAGGAAUGUUGUGCAUAUCCAUCUAAGUUUUCCUUUAAUGCCCUUCUAUGGUAAAAAGGAAAGUGAAACCCUGCUUAUAAGCCAUUUGCACUCGGAGGUCAUGUGACAUCAUGUUUCUAAAAAUGAAAGUUAUAUGAUUUUACCUUCAAAAAAUGAUUAGUGGGUCACAAUAUUUUAAACAAAAAAAUAGUUAUUUGGUUUUUCAAACCUGCACCAUUUUCUUAAGUGAGUAAGUUCGUAGCUGGUCAUGUGAUUUUUAAAAUUAAGAAUUACCUCUUUCUGAAUGCAAAUUUUACACUUGAACUUCAAGAAAGUUGAAAAAAAUGAUGUGGUAACAUUUACAUCACAGCUGAGUGUAACUAUCAACUUUUAACAAGAUAAAAGCAAAAAGUAGUUUUGGCGGCCAAUACAAAUCGUACUACUUUGUUGAUAAAUCAAAGUGCCAUAAAAUAUCUCCCUUAAAUGCGCUUCCUCUCAAAUUUCAGGUGUGAGAUAAUUUUUUUGUGCUCUGUCAGAUUUUGACAUCAGCAAGACUCCAACUUAUUGUUUAAAGGAAGCAUUGAUCACAUGACCUUUUAUAGCAAGUGGCCUGUUGACCACUUUACACACUACUACGUACAUCUAACCACCACAACCAUGGGUGAGGAUCAAAAAGUAAAAAGCUACUAAAACUGCUGAAGUGUUAGUGCCAUUUGCCAACAUAACUUUGCUUGUGCACAGCGUGUUUUUGGCAAAAAUAAGCCAAGCUUUAUGGGGAAAGUGAAACAAAGGUUACAUUAACUGUUUCAUAUUGAUGGUAAAUGAAUUUUGUGUGGCAAUAAAAUGAAAAAAAUUCUCAGAUAUUUGACUUUGGUGGACACAGUGGUAUGUAUAGUCCUUCUCAGCUGAUCACAAUAAAUAUUGUAUCCUGAUGAAGAGCAGCAAUGAUUGUUUGAAAUGUGAUGAUCAAUAGCAAAGUGAUUGUUGUGAGACAAAUGACUGGCUGGUUAGGGUUGCCAUGGUCAGGGAACAUCUUUGAUAAAUUGUCAAAGUCAGUGAAAAGUCAGGGAUUUCUUAUUUCCUUGCGCACAAAAUGCCAUCGUAAGACAAAAAUAUUGAUUGUCUGCAAAAAAGCCAAAGCAAAUAUACAUGUGUAAAAGUGGAUUGUUUUUUAUUAUUAAUUGCUUAAUGCAAGGUCAGUGAAAAUUGUUUCUAAAGAGGUCAGUGGAAAGUCAAUUAGAAGUCAGGGAAUUUUUUAGUUUCUGAUGAGUGACAACCCUGGGCCUUGUUUUUCUACAGCAUGAAAUUCAACGCCAACAAAAAACGCACUGGGCAAUGACCUUCAAGGGAUAAAUAAGGCCAUGUUUAAGACUCAGACAAUGUUCAGCCAAAGGGAAGAGUAAUGCUUAUAGAUUAAAGAAGUGUAAUUUCACAAAAAUUCAAAUUUGUGGAAUUAUGGGAUUUGUUGGCAUAUUCAUUCUUCCCUACCAAUUUGCUCUAACAGGCUUAUUUUCUGCGAGUGAACAUUUUUCGUCUUGUUCUUUCUGAAUACUAACCGUAGAACUUCAUGAAUUUAUUUUUUGUGAGGUCAUCACUUCUUUUCUCUAUUCCCACAAGCACAAGGUGUUGUGGGUAGCCAUGACUUCCUUUAUUUGCUGUAGUUUUCUAGCCUUGAAAACAGCCAUCCAUCCUCCCUCCUGGCUGCUAGGGAUGUUUCACCAGGAGAGAUGUCUGUGCCUCAGCAAAAGAAAUUCAAUGCUGAUGAUGUAAAACUGUCUGAAAUCUGGUCAGGAGCUCUGAUUGGUUGAUGUGGCAGUUAUAUAGUUUUAGCUAUUGUUUAUGAAUGACAGACAAAAGAAAAAAGCCCACAAAGGUCAAAUAUAAACGUGAUUAAUCUAUAUACGAAACAGUCAGUAAUUGUGCUCUUUGAGUUUUGCUCAAACUUGCAGAACAACACAAAACCUCACCAAAGUCAACCAGGAGAAACCUAAAAUUGAACAAAUUAAAUAUUUGGAACCAUAUGACUACAGUGUUCUCCUUAUCUGGCAGUAAUGGGUAAAAUUUACCACCUAAAGUAUUACUUCUUACCACCUGAAAUCAAAUGAAGGUUUACUUAUAUUAAGUAAGUGCUUUUAAAAAAUACACAAGUUGUGAUCUGAUUCUCACAAGGAAGUUAAUGAAUACCGUAUUCCCUUGAAUAAUAGCCGUCCCUGAAUUAAUCGCCUUCCUUGAAUAAUUGCCCCCCUUUGAUGGAAAUUUUUAAAAUAAUUGCCUCCCCAGCCCCCUUGCCAUCUCCUCUUUUUUUAUCCUCUCCCUGUCAAGUUAAAAAUUGACACAAGCUUUUUUCACUUAAUUGUUUAUAAUGGCAUUGAAAACUAAAACCAAAUUUGGAACACUUAAAAAGCCCAUGUUCAGUUUACUUGAUGUGAUUAUUUUUCAAUUUAAUGAGAUAAUAAAACAAAAUGUUGAAAUAUUCACCUCCCUCGAGUAAUCGCCUUCCCUCAAAUAAUCGGCCUCUUUUGGUGCAAAAAGAAAUAAUCAUUGCCCCUGGCUAUUAUUCGAGGAAAUACAGUAUAUGGAAAAGUACUAGAGUAUACACAGCUUUUCUUUUUAUGGGCCUCACAUUUUGGGAAGAGAACGUUGAAGACAGAGUAGCAUUAUUGGAAUCAAACAUUUUAAAUUGUUUUCUAAAGAUAGCAAUGGCCAAUUUGCUUAAAAUAGGACUUAAAAUGAGGGAAUGACAUUGACAUUGAGCAAGAUGAAAUAUGCAAAGCCUUGUUAAUCAAGCAAGAAACUGGAUGAAUUGAAUGAUUUUGCCCCUUUUUUGCUAAUUUCUAGUAUUUUGAAGUAAAUUCUCAUAGGGAGUGUCUAUUAGACAGGGUGCAUUUAUUAGAGAGGGGCAUCCAAUACAAUUUUAACGGUGUAGGGGGGGUGUUUAUUAGGUAAGAGAUGUUUAUGUGGAAGUGGGCAUUUAUUAGGUCAUUUAUGGUUGUUAUGCAAACAAUUUUUUACGUCAUCAGUAUGGAAUUUUUUUUUGUUGAGGCACAGAUGUCUCCCCCGGCAAAAUGUCCCUUAUGGCGAGGAGUGAGGAAAGAUGGCUGUUUUGCAGGCUUUAGUUUUCUCCUCAUGUAAUGAAUGUUCAUGGUUUUGAUUUCCAGGGGAGGUGAUAAAUCCUAAAGACAGGUGUAAAAAGUGUCAGGGCAAAAAAGUAUGCAAGGAAAGCAAAAUUUUAGAGGUAAGGUAGUAAAGUUAUUGCAAUUUUAAUUUAUUGUUAAUAAACAUUUUAACUCCCAAGAAUACAAUUGGUUACCAUUAAUUUUGAGAAAACAUAUGUAAAGUUUUAAAUUGUUAAGUGGUGAAAAACAACAUCAACACAUGUAGUUCUGUGAAUCUGUACGAAAGAACUGCAGCCAAGGAGCUUGUAUUUUAAUGGUCAUUCUAUAUGAUUUUAUCCACAGCUUGAAAAGUGAAAACAGAAUUUCUUACCUUGGUCUAUUAUUUUGUUUAUCAUCUCACAUUACCAGAGGCAAGCAAAGUUUAACAUUACUUUGCUCCUCAGAUAUCUUGGUUGUUCGUUGAAAUUGAACAAAAUCUUGCCCUUUGGUUUGUGAUAGGUUAUUUACUAUGAUGAAUGUGUAGUUGGAUGGUACAUACACUUUGCCACAUUAACUGUGCACUAUAUCAAUAAUUAAUUUGAUGUCUAAGACAUCUCAGACAAAGUUGUCUCUAAUGUCUUUGAUAUCUAGUAUCCAUCUAUCUAUUUUCGGUGCACCGCACUGAUUUAAUAAGUCUGUCCCAUUCCUGUCUGUUGACCUUGACGGAUGCCAGAUCCUCCCCUCAAAGACUGGUGUUACUCUCCAGCUAGAGCUGUCUAAAUGAGACAGAUAAAUAGUCCCAAUAUAAAUUCCCUAGACUGAUCUCCAUACAUGAACGUUGUAGUUAAUUUUUUAUCUCCAGUAAUUUUUGUUUUUCCUUUCGUUUUUGGGUAUGGUAAUGUAUGCUAAUGAAGUUGAAACAAAGAAUAAAUAAAAAUUACCUGAGAUAAAAUAUUAACUACAACAUGCACAUUUCAUUAUGGAAUUGGUUGAGAGAAUUUGAUAAAAGAUCAAAGCACUUGUGCUGAUCACAUUAUGAAUUCUCAUAGCCUUUUCUGUUGAUGAUGUAUUGAUAGAUUGAUGUUGAUCACUAUUGGAACUUACAGGGUUAACAUUUUCUUUACAGUUGUAUUAUUUGUCCAGACCUUUUAGAUGUUUGCCCACCAGUAUAAAAUAGUCUGCCAUUGAUGAGUAAACAACAUAAUUUUGUUUUGGUAAAAAUCUGUUUUCAGGUCCAUGUGGACAAGGGUAUGAAUGAUGGACAAAAGAUCACAUUCAGGGGAGAAGGAGAUCAGGAGGUAAAUGUUGUAGCUAUCCUUCAAUGGCAUUAUAACAUCUGGCUUGAAUCAGUGUUAUAUUCUGCAAAACAAACCUACCUCUCCCCUUACCCAACAGGGGGUAGGUGGGCAGUUUCCCUGAAUCAAAAUUGCCCAAUUACCCCUCUUAUAACCCAACAUUUUUGACUAAGUAAGAAGUUAGAGUUGACUUUGGAGUAUGAGAGAAGUAGGUAGGCAGCUUCCCUGAGUCUCAUACUGAUCAUCUGGUCCAAACAGAGAAUGUCUUGUGUGCCACACCUAACUGGUGCAUUAGGUUUGGUAGAAGUGAGAUGUGUGAAUCAGUGUAGAUUGGCAGUUUUAUUAAUUUAUGUUAAGUGUGAAGAGUAAAUGUAAAGUUCGGCAGAUGCUCUUGCAUUUUUUGACACUUGGAGCAGUGGCUGAUUUGUACAACAGUUUUCUAAAGCUUUGACCCUGAAUCAUUAAUUCAUAAACUCUUCCCAUAAUAUUGUGACUGUUAGCAAAUCCUUUUGGUAGAUUUGGAAGGUUAGUUUGACUUAAGUUUGUUUCCUGAAUUAGUUGUUUCUUCAAAGUCCCUCUGAAAUAAAAUGUUUUCAAUUGAGGUUCAGUACAAGAUUAGCCUGGCAUUUGAACUAGGUAUUUAAGAAUGGUUGAGAGUUUUACUUGAAAACAUUAUCUGGACACCCUCAGGUUAGAGAAAUACAAAGCACUCUUGGUUUCAUUAUUUUGUUGUCAACUGUCAGAAUUUACCAUUUUUCUUUCUAAUUCCUAUUUAGUUAUCCCAGUGAGGUCUCAAAUGCCAAAUACCCUACUGGCACAAGACAACAAAAUCCUGAAAGAAUGUUUUUACAAAUUGUUGUCAAAUGAUUGCUUAGUGCAAAAGGCUAUUGCACCAAAAUGUUUGAUGUGCUUUUUAAAGGUACUGUUCUUUUGAGGCCCUUGGCCCAUUUAACCAUUUCUUUUCAUCUUCUCCAUCCCGUAGCCCAAUGUUGAACCUGGUGAUGUAAUCCUCGUUUUACAACAAAAAGAUCACGACUUAUUUACACGUCAAGGAGAUGAUCUGUUUAUGACCAAGAAAAUUCACCUUGCAGAAGCACUGUGUGGCUUUCAUAUGGUAAUUAAGCACCUUGAUAAGAGAGAUCUGAUUGUAAAAUACCCGGCUGGCCAGGUCAUAGAGCCAGGUAAGGGCUGUUUUUUGGUUUGGACCUCUUCAGGUCCCUAUUAUCGCACCACAUAUAAAUGUACAUGUAAGAGCACCUACAACCUAGUACAGAUAAAACGUUAGAGCCUUGAGCAUGGACAUCUACUUGAGAGAAUCAGAGCCACAAUAAUCAGAAUUUUCCACCACUGGUACAGCUUGUGAUACUAUGGCUUACCGUGAAAACUACAUCUGCAGAAUGAGAAUCAGAAAAAGAACUAUAAAGCAAACACAAUUCUCCUUCCCAAAUGUUGUGAUUGGUUUAGUUCUUUCACUUCUGCUUAUGACUUCAACAAUCUUGUGUAGUUGAUCUUAAGCGAUGGAUUGGUAAGCAGAAUCAGAAUGCUCUGUUCACAAGAUCAAAACACUGAUUCUGUUGCUAGUGAAACCAGCCUUAAGUCUCGAACAGUGAUUCUAAGCAGGAGCCUGAUCAGUGUUUCAGCAAAUCUUUGACUUUGCCAUUCUGCUCCCAUUCUAAUUUUUUUGGGUGAUGAUAUUACUAAAUAAAUAAUUUAUAGUAGUUUAAUUAGUAUUAUUAAAUUCAAUUAAAAGAAUGACGGAAAUAUUCUGUGUUAUUGUGAUUUUUUUGUCAGGUUGUAUUAGAGGUGUGGUUGGAGAAGGCAUGCCAGGGUACAGAAGACCCUUUGACAAGGGAAACCUCUAUAUCAAGUUCGAAAUUGAAUUUCCUCCAAACAAUUUUAUCCCAUGUGACAAAAUAUCAGUGAGUAUCUUUGAUUUAGGAAGAGACUGCAGAUAAUGUGUUAGGUGCGAUUUUCUGAAAGCUUACAAUUUUUGUGUGACCAGUUUUGACCUACAGAGGAUAUUACAUGGCUGUGUGGAGAUAUGAAAUUUCUCUUUGAGUGCUAAAAAAUAUUUCAUGAGUGAGCGCAGCCAACGAGUGAAAUAUUUCGUAUCUCAAAGCGACCAUGUAAUGUUCUAUUUAUUAUAUAAACACCAAUGAAAUGCCAAACCAUUUCACUUAAAUAUUUUUGUGCUGCGAAAGUCAUGAUUCAUAAUGUGGCCAUAGCAACAGUGACCUUUUCACAUGUGAAAAAUACCAUGUAAUUAUUACCACACCCAUCUGAACCCCUCCCAAGUUGUUAUGAUUGCUUUGCAAUUUUACCAAAAAUAAUGUUUUCCUAAAUGACAGUGUUUGCUCCUUGCUAUAGGUACUUGAGUCCUUACUUCCAUCUCGACCAAAGCAAGCUCCACCCGGGGAAGACGCAGAAGAGGUGGACCUCAUGGAACUUGACCCAAGAUAUCACCAGAGAGAAGCCUAUGAAGACGGAAGUGAUGACGAAUCUGGACAUGGACCGCGUGUUCAGUGUGCACAUCAGUAACAAAAGACUCUUUUCGGGAGCUUUUUCUUUGUUGUGACACUUAAGACUUGUUCCUCUGAGGAAGAGGGAAUUUUUACAAGGAUUUACAAGUGGAUUAUUUCAGAGCAAUAUGAGAAAACGGUUGUGUGUCUGGACAGUUUGACUCAAGUACACGGUGACCAAUGUUGUCUCACAUAGAAGCAUAAUGUACAAUAAUGAAGCUUUCAUAUGGUUCCACUGGGUGGAGUCAUUUGAGUGCUAUGUUGGAAAAAAAUAUUAUUAAUUUUUAAUUGGCUAGUACUAGCUCCCUGUGUAUUGUCUUCCUGCGAUUUAGCAUUUUUAGCAGGGCUGUCAUUACCUUUGUUAUGUCUGGGUGGAUGUUGCUCUUAUCAACCUUUUCUUAACCACACUUGUAUCAUAAUAAUAUUAUCAGGAUUGUUUAAACAAAAAUGUAGAUGGCUCAAAGCGCAGACUCCAAAUCCUCUGAAAGCUUGUUGAUAUUCCACUUUAGUUAUUAUUAAUAAGUUAUUAUUGGUGAAGAGCCAUGAUUACCUUUUGUAGGUGUGAAAUAAGAUAUUAUUGAUUUGGGAACUGGUGGGUGGGUGCUACCAAUUUCUAGCAAUGUUUUCUUUUGUCUUUGUAGCAGUUGCCUGUUCAUAGACCCUCUGUUUUCUCUUUAGCCCCUCAAUAUCCUCAUACAAAUUCUCCAAACUGAUCUCUGUACAUUUUAAGAUUCUUUAAGAAUUCCUUGAGAGAAUUUGGCUGAAGAUCAAAACAUUUUCCUUCUUCAUUGUUUUGUUAAUUCUCAUUACCUUUUACCUUGAUGACGAAUUGAUGUUUAACAGGAACCUUUUAAGGUAUGGGAAAAUAUGGCCUCAGCAUUCUCAAAAAUUAUACAUCUAACAUAAAUUUUUAAGUAUGUCGUUUCAACAGAGGAGCUGAAGUACUGACCCUCUGUUGUAGAGUGUUUUUCUUUCCUUGAGGGGUCAAAUGUGGAAGAAUUAAGUAACACAUUAACUCUCAUUAUUUUGUUACUUCAGAUAUGGGUUUUGGUUUUAAUUUGGGCUGUCAGCCUUUUGGGCUUCUAGUUUUAGUGUUAAGACAUUUUCCUGGACGGUGGAAAUUUUCUGCAUUCAUUUUACACUGCUCCACGGCUAAAAUCCACUUAUACAUGGACAUGUACACUACACCCUGUUGGGCACAGGUCAUGAAACAUUUAAUACAAAAGAUCAAUGCCAAUCCAGGGUCAGUUACCAUGACAACUGAGUUACCAUGGUAGCUAUCCCUUGAUUUUGUGAACAACUUGGUCAAGGUUUUGUUUCUCAUAUUUUGUUGUUGUAUUAAUAAUUUAUUAUAACAAGCAUUGUUCAAUUUUUUAACUCGCUCAAUUUUAAGUUUCUUUUUCUUUAUUAUUUUUAUAUUUCUUUGUUGCAUGAUGAUUAGUUAACAACAGUGGAAGACAAAAAUUGAAUGAAAGAUGAAAUUGAAAUGGAACUUUGCUAAAACUUUCACUCUUACUGCCACACAAAAGAACUACCAAACUGGUUUAAUUUGAAUGUCAAAGCAUAGAAAUGAAUCCAUAGACUGAAAAGUUAGAGGCAGUUUUUGCAGUAAGAUAAAUAAUCCCUUGUACAAGUACCACUGAAGAGUAUUUAUGCGGAUAGUUUCACUGUAGGAUCUGAUCCACAGAUCAAAUUUAGAUCCUUUUAUACAAAGUAACAAAUAAUACGAUACGAAAAUACAGCACGAUGAAAUUGUCUUUCUUGCUUUGUCUUAAUUGCUAUUGUUGGUCCUUUACCUCAACCUUGUGUGGUUUUGCAAUAGACUUAUUUAGUAAUGAUAUUGAUAGGGCUGUUUAUAAAUAGUGCUAGGUGAUUAUCCCUUGUGUAAGUACUCGUUUUGUUCCUCAAGCAUGCAAGUUAGACUGGAAGGAGUAAUUAGGAGUUUAUUAGAAGGAUUUUUUUCUAGCACCUUGUGAUCGAUUUGUCUUCAAUUAAAAAUCCUUCUAAUAAACUGUUAAAAAGUGAAAGGGUUAAGUCCUCAAAAAGCAACUUCUUUCUUUACACCAGAAAAGGUAAAUGACAACCCUGUUUUAAACGUUGCCAACUUAGCAUCUUCUUUAAACAUGGAGCGAUCCUAGCUACUGUGACCGAGGUAUUCAGCCAUCUGUUACAAAUGCUGGAAGGUUUCUUGCUCCACAGACUCCAUAAUAUCUUUUGUGAAUAAAUUUAUUUCUAUCGAAAAACAACAGAACUGCCACUGUGCUUAGUCCUUCAGUGGGUGAUUAAACUAAUGUAGGCUUAAGUACCAUGACAACUUGUGCGCUCUGUUUACAGUUGAUUCGAGAUUAUAUUUAAAUGUGACCUUGUUUUCUUAACCCUUUAAGGCACAAAUUCUCUAAACUGACUUCCAUUCAUUUCCUUAAAGAUUUGAUAAACGAUCAAGGCAUUUUCUCUUUGGUGAUCAUUUUAUUACUUCUCAUAACCUAAUCUCUUGAAUGUAUGGAUAUCAUUAGGAGAAAAUUGAUUUUGGUCACUUUGGAACUUAAAGGGUUAAAGAGAAGCAGAAGGUAUGGUUUUCAUCCCAUGUAAGGUAAUCCACAACAGUCUUGGAUUCUGUAUUCCAUGCUGUGGAUUCUGACGUCCAGGUAGCUGGUUCAAGUAGUCUAGAUUCCUGUCAGUGAAAUCUGGAUUCGGUUUUCAAUUGUUAACUGGAUUAUAGAUUUCUGAAACUGAAUUCCAGAUUCCAAAGCCCAGGAUUCCGGAUUCCGGAUCCUGGAUUACCUUACAUGGUGCGAGGUUUUGCUAAAUCCACUCAACUCGGGUUUUACAGACUUGCUUUAGUUUUUCUUAAAAGAGGCACAGCUGGCCUGUUGAUCUUGCACUUUGCAAAAUUUGAAUUUCCAUGCAUGGAAGAGUCUUUUAUAAUUGCUGUGGUACUUGGCUUAAAUUAUUAUAACAUUCAUACGUUAGAUUGUUUUAAAAAUUCAUAAUACUAUCAUGGAUCAUCCCAGUCACCAUUUGCACAUCUCCCAUAAUACACCUUGUUUGCCCCCCCCCCUCCCCCUCCUCCCCCAAAAAUUGCAUAAGCAUUGUCUUUUUUCCCUCUUGGGACCACUGUAGUACUCCAAUAGAAAUAAUAAAAAAAAAGUUUGCAAGGUUUGGACGGGGGCGGGGGGAGGGGGCAAACAAAGUGUCUUAUGGAAGACGUGCAAAUGGAGAUCCUCCUUUCUUAAAUUGAGAGACCUUUUUUUCAAGGUCCAAUAUUUGUUGAUUUAAGAUUCAAUGACAUACUUAAACGCCCUUAAAGUAAGCAGCUUAAAUUUCCCUUGAAAAUAUCGGAGUUCAAUUAAACUUUAAGAUCAGAAGACCGGUUUGCUGGCUACGAUUUGUUGACCUGAUUUUGAAGCGUACUGGAUCUCGAAAAUCAGUCUAAUUUAAGUUAUAGUGUGAAAAUUGGUCGCUAUGUUAGGGGGACAGAUUGUAAGGAAAGAAAAAGUCGUAUACGUGUAAGCCGGUCUUAAGAAUAAAGGAAGUGAUAAUACAUGUCUAAAUUCUUAAAACAAAUUCUUUUCUUCAACACCAAAUGAAAUAAAUGGAAAGUAUUCUUUAGAAUUUUAUUUUUUGUGCGUUGAUGUACAUGUUGUAAGGGCUAGUAGUUAAAAUUAGUGUGUUCCUUUUGCUGUUUUGCUCCGUGUUUAAUGAUAAGACAUUCCUCAAGCUUUCGGAACAUUUCAUUAAAAUAUGUAACGUAACCCGUUUAAGCAUAGUUGGCUGGCUAGUACCCAGUAAAGUUCAGUGCCUAAGGUCGUUGGCAUCACUCUUUCAUUUAAAAUAAAUAUCAAUGUACAUAAAAUGAUUGAGAUAAUAUUUUCAAUUAAAAUGGGAUGUCUCGUAAUGCAAAUAUGAAACACUGUAUAGAGAAUCCCCCUAGUCAGUGUUAAAGUAUGUCUGUAUAUUCAUCCUUACUUUCCAAACAUCUUCCAUAGAACAAAAUCUGGUCUCAGUUUGAAUAACAAAGAAAUCCUAUGUGGGGAACAUGUAAAAUUGUAAACCUUUUAAAAUCAAAUUGAGAUAUUUCAAAGGUAUUUUAUUGUAAACGAUUUACACAUUCCUAUGUGGGGAGACUUCAUAACAAAAGAAAUCUUUUAAUUUAAAAUACACAUUGUGAAUCUUACACCAUACCUAUAUCUCAAUUUGAUGUUAAAAAGGGUUUAUGCACCGCUUUAUGAAGUUUUGUUAACUUUUGCUGUUUAAGCCAAUCAGAAGUAAGUACAGACAAUAGAAAAGUUAGCACCUUUUUUGCAUUCCAACAUGUUCGUUGCCGUUGUUGAUAUCGUUCUUAUCUGGACCGUUUCUUAAUACACAGCUGAACAACAACACCUUAACGGCGCUAUGUUACGAGGAUAUUGCUGUUAGGUCAAUUCUCGGGGAGGGGGGUACUAAACAGUUGUUUAUACGGGGAGGCUCCGUCCCAAGUUCUAACCCCUUACGCUUUUAUAGACCGUUUUUCACGAAAAAGGUACCCUCUUCGUAUAUCUUCUAUUGACAAAUGGUAUCACUUUCACACACCUCGUUUAGAACUUUGCAUCACUUUUAACUGCUGUUAAUGCACCGUCUUUUAAAUAGGAAUCAAUCACACAAAUAGAACGUUUUCUCGACUUUAUAAAGCCAUAAAAUUCAUCUGUUAGCCCUUUUGGGCCCUUUCACAGACCCAAAUGACAGAUUUCCCUACCCUUUUAUAAACUUCAACGAGUGAAAUCCCUAUCCUUUCAUAUACCUUAAGCGUGAAAAAGAUACCCCUUCCGGGAGGAGCCUCCCCGUAUAGGCCAUCAUAGGGAGUACUCCCCCCCCCCGGGGUCAAUUCUGUUUGAAGUCAGUACUUAGUGCGUUUGCCGGUACACAAAAUGCCCCAAUGGGGUUAUGAAAAAAAAAAUUAAACAGAUAAAGAAAUUUUCAUUAGGGAGCACUAACUAUAAUCUUUUUGUUAGUGAUUUUUUGCAGCUAGGCAUAAAAUGGCAAUUCUUUAAAGUUUCAAUCCAUGUAGCCUGAGUAAACAGGCGACAUUUAGCGACGCCACCAACAGUUUCCCCUAAGAAACUAGCGCAAAAAUUUCAUACUGAUGAUACGUCACUACCCAGAUCUGGGUAGUGCUUCUGAUUGGGCGUGCCGAGUGGGAAAUUUGCUUCCACCAAGCAGAAGCACUACCCAGAUCUGGGCAGUGACGUAUCAUCAGUAUGGAAUUUCUGCGCUCGUUUCUCAGACGUCAUUUCGCGGGGCGUCGCGAAAUGUUGUCUGUUUUCUCAGGCUACAAUCCAUGUCAAUCCUUGCCAUCCGUAACAAGAAAGAAAACGACAGUUUUAAGUCUUCAGUAACAAAACUAGACCAUUAUUUUUGGAAUUCAUUCGGAUACCAAGGCAUGUUUUAGCUUCUUAAAAGGGUGCCAUAUAGCGUGACGUAGCCCCGUUGAAGAGGCGAUUUUAUUGAGGGAGAGGUGUACCUUUAAUUGGCUGGAUAAUUAUGAAGUCAAGACCUUUUUGCAAACGUGGAAAUUCUUCCUAGCUUGUGGAUUGUUGAAAAUUCUCAUUGGCUCAAAUUCUAAAAAGGAAAGAAUUACUAUUACCGUCGUUUCUGAAAAAAAGUUACGAAGCUUACUUUUUGUUCAAAAUUUCAGUCAAUUUAGGUUGCUAGCUUCCUUUUUCUUUUUGUUUUCUUUUCUUUCUUUUCUAAGCACAUACCUCAGUAUUUUUAAAAAUUCAUCCACUCUAGUCCUUUUGCCACUUCUGACGUCAUCGAUUUUUCGUAACGCUAACCUUCCGGGAUCACAAGAUUAAGAAAAAUGUGUUUUUGUUUGGUUGCGUGUUUGCGUGUUUUCUCAGACUCGUUGAUAAGACGGAAAGGGGCAAAGUGAACCCCAGCCUAGUGCUUUCCCUUUAUGUGGUAAGCGAAGAGUACUCUCGACUCUAAUUUUGGCCAGUUUUUAAGCUUACCUAUCCCAUUAUAAGUAAGCGGGAGAGGAGAACAAAAAGUUUUCACAAUCUCAUUAAAUCCAGGCAGGAGCCCAUCCAGGAAUAUUUGAGACAAAACUCCGUAAGAGGACAAAGUGAAAGCAUCCCUGACCUGGAGGGAUUCAUCUGCGAAAAUCCCCAGCGGCGAAGAGCGAGGAGAAACGGGUUUUUUCGCAGGCUAGGAUUCAUAGAGCGCGAUCCAUUCAACCAAAAUUUCCGGAAAAUUUGGUCCAAAACUCAAUGGAUCGGUUCGGUCCAACCAAAGAAGUUUCGAAAAAACGGGUCCACCUUUUGAGGUGGACCACUUUUCCCGGUCGGACCGGAAUUUUGGUUGAAUGGAUCGCGCCAACUUCUCCUACUCCUCCCAGAUCUGAAACUUUUCGCGACCUCAAGUACUUUUGUUUCGUGUGGCCUCAUGGGAUAUGUUGCGAACAAAACAAUAUGGCGGCGGCCGGUAUUCUACGAAAUUUAAAAGAUGUGGCUCUUCGAACGAUAGAAGGCUUUGCACCUGAGCUUUACCAGCUUAACCAACAAAUUUGGCGGAAACCAGAACUCUGCUAUCAGGAGAAAUACGCUCAUGAAGUCCUCACGACAUUCUUCAAGGACAAAGGUUUUGAAGUAACAAAGCACUACACGCUAGAGACGGCAUUUCGCGCGUCCAGUGGUUCGUGUGGAAAGAGAGUUGUGGGUUUGAUUUGUGAGUACGAUGCACUGCCGGGUAUAGGGCAUGCCUGUGGACAUAAUCUUAUCGCUGAAGUUGGAGUAGGUGCUGCGUUAGGUAAGUAAAUUUGAUAAUAUAGGCCAUUUGCGCAAAGAGGUCAUGUGACAUCAUUUUUAUGAAAAUAACAGUUUUAUGAUUUUGCCUUCGAAAAACGGUCAGUGGGUCGAGAUAAUAUCUUAAACAAAAUAUUAGUAAUUUAGUUUUUCAAAUCCGCACCGUUUUCUUAAAUGAGUAAGUUCAUAGCUGGUCAGUGACAAAAGUGUGAUUUUUAAAACUAUGAAUUACCUUUUUCUGAACAGAAAUUUUACACUUAAACUCCAAGGAAAUUGUUGAAAAGAUGAUGUGGUAACGUUUUCAGCACAUCUGAGCAUAACUAUCAAACGUUUAACAAGAUACAAGCAAAAAGUAGUUUUGGUUGCCAUGUUGGAGGGCAAGAGUAUGCCCUCCACCAUGGCAGCCAAUACUGCUUUCGGUCAGUGUAAAAUGAAGACUGUGGACUGCAGACUGCAGACUGCGGACCAGGGGUAAAAUGCAGACUGUGUGUAAAAUGCAGACUGCAGACUGCAGACCAGGGGUAAAAUGCAGACUGUGUGUAGAAUGCAGACUGAGAGUAAAACGUAGACUGGGGUAAAAUGCAGACCGAGCAUAAACUGUAGUCGCGGAAAGGUUUAAGGGCAGAAAAAUCCCGAAAAUACAUGUAAACAACACCACUUACACUUACUUGACAUCUCCUUUCACAAAUCCAUUCCUUCCUCGCUCUGGAACGUCGCCGACGACGCGAAAACAUUCUAGUAAUCGCAAUCUUUAACCUUUUUUUCCGUUCGAGAGACCUCACGCUUCAACUUUCGAUACAGGUGAACGUGAAUUGGUACAACACAACGAUGUUUAUGCUUAAAUAAAAGCUGCUGACCCAAAAUAAUGUACAGAAAGAAUUCAAAAGAGUUAUGGCGAUAAAAAAGGGAGUAAAUCAUUCCAACAACAAAGGAAGAUGUUCUGCAGGAAAUUUCGAUGACCUUCUAUGAAAGGAUUGAAAAUCAAGGUAAGCAGACUUUAGCUGUUUGGAUGUUCAUUGAACUUUUGGCGAGAAUGUGUAAUGUACUUCGACUAGGAAGCGAGGUGUGUAACUGAUUACCAGCUAACUAUUGAAGAAGCAGGAGUACAGUCUUCAUUCUGCAUUUUGCACCCAGCCUGCGUUUUACUCUCAGUCUGCAGUCUGCAUUUUACACUCUCUCUGCAUUUUACCCCUGGUCCGCAGUCUGCAGUCUGCAGUCCGCAGUCUGCAUUUUACACUGACCGAUACUGCUUUGUUGAGAAACCAAAGUGCCACAAACUAUUUCCCUUAAAUGCGUUUCCUCUCAAAUUUCGGGUGUAAUAUAAUUUUUAUGUGCUUUGACUAUUUUGGGCAUCUGCGAGAUUCCAAGUCACUUUUUAAUGGAAGAAUUGGUCACAUGACCUCUUGGUGCAAGUGGCCUAUUGUUGUAGUUCAGGCUAAAGGAUACCACAGGCAGCCCAAGCUGAGAAUCAUUAUUAAUGAUAUGUGACCUUCCACGAGAAAAUGUACACUAAUGGCUUUCCAUUAAUCUGGUGAAACACAUGGCUACUAAUCGCGUUACAAACAGCUUACUUACCCUAAGGGCUCAUAAAAAAUUUCCAAAUGGGUUCCCCAAAUGACUGAAAAGCUUAGGAAAAUUUUUGAAUGGGUUGACAUAAACGUUUAGUUUUGCCUUGACUGGCACAGCACGGCUCAUGAAAAACAAUGCAAGCAAACAAACGAAACGGAUCUGAUCCAGGUUUUAUUUACAAUUUUUCUGCUGUAUCAAAAAAUAUCGACUUCCCAUUGUUAGCUGCUGAAUGACCUGAAAAAAGUAAUUUUAAAAUUUUGAUAUUCAAACACAGACUUCAUACGGCGAUUACCAUAGCAAAAUCGUUGAUUAUUUAAUACUCACUGCUUUUUUACACUAACAAGGGACUGGCACUUUUCUAACAGCUUUGUAUUUUGUCAAAAACUUUGCCUGUUGGUGUUUUGAAAGCAUUACACACCUGAGUUGAAUGCGGGAUCUUGUCAAAUUUGCAGAAAGUAGAUCAAGCAGAGUGAUGGUAACGCAACACUAACCAAUCUAUGACAAACACUUGAAUGAAAAUGUGGUUGCUCUCAGGGCACGAAAGGUGGCAAGUGUUGCCAGCAAUUCAUGAAGAAGAGUGAAGUCGAUGCCAAACAGAUUUCAUUUGUAGCAGCAAUAACAUGUAGAGAGCAAAACUAUUUGAAGGGCUUCGUUUGGAAUGCAUUGUUUACAUACGACUUUGAUUCAUCGUCUGAUAAGGGAUAAUUCUCUGCAUGUUAUUGCUGCUACAAAUGAAAUCUGUUUGGCAUCAACUUCACUCUUCUUCAUGAAUUGCUGGCAACACUGGCCACCUUUCAUGCCCUAAGAGCAACCGCAUUUUCAUUAAUACCGACAGCACAGCUGUUUUCUCUACUCGAUCAAGAAUAAAAUGGUAGAAAUGCAUGAAGGAUGGUGCAAGGAAGGUGAAAGUGUUUUUGACUUGGAUUGCCUGAAAAACAUCAGGAAAAUAUCUAGAAUCAUUUGUGUACCCGUGGUGUUAUCAUACGAGCAAAAAUUAAUAAGUGUUAACAGCUGACAAACAUAGCUAAAUUUGUGUGAAUGAAAUCAAACAAAAUCUAUGACCUGAAACUUGAUUCACUCAGUUUCCUAACACUAAUCACUAAACUUCAGAUUCAUUUGGUGUUUGGCAUUCUGCAAAACACCCCUGCUCAUUCCAUGGAAAAUAGCUCAAGUUGUUCAAAGGGGUCCAAUAAUGACCAGGCUGUUUGAAAGGGACAGAUGGGUGACCAAGCAGUUUGAAUGGUCCAAUGUUUCAAAUGAACGGAUUGCCAAGCUGUUCGAACAGAAUGAUGUUUCCAAUGAUUGGGUGACCAAGUCGUUCAAAUGGCCUGAUUUUUCCAUUGAAUGGGUGACCAAGUCAUUUGAAAGGGCUGACGGUUGCAACAAACGGGUGACCAAGCUGUUCGAACGGGUUUAUGUUUGUAACAAAUGGGUAACCAAGUUGUUCAAAUGGGCUGAUGGUUUGAAUGAACAGGUGAUCUUGAAAGCUGUUCGAAUGGCUGACAAACAGCUUGUAAACAGAAAGCCAUUAGUGUAUGUUUGAAGUCUCUUUUUCAGGUGUUUUUGCUUCUCGGAGUCUUGAAUUUUUUUCGCUGAUGGGUCUCUGAGUUUAGGAUUUGUUGUUUUUUCAUUCUGUUUGGUCUUUAGGAGCUCAGAGUUCAUGGGUACUGCUUAUCAAACUGAGCUAGUAGCUUAAGACGGUAGACCAAGGCAAUGCAGUAUUAUUGGUGGGCUUCUAUUAGCUUCCAUUGUGCUUAGCCUUGUUUGUAUUAUUGUCUUGAAAUUUUUGCGCUUAGAGUCUCCGGCUUGAAUUUUAUUAGAGGUAAAGUCUUCAGGCUUUGACUUAAUAAAAACCCUCAAGUCUCAGUCUCAAAUUUGAAACCAGGGACCUCACAGUCCUUCACCUUCUAUACCCCUUUUUGAUCCAAAACUGACUUCACUAUUGGAGUAUCCUUGUCAACCACUGAAAUUUACUUCCAAACAUUUGAACCUCCCAAUAAUUCCAGGCAAUUUUAAAUUUAAAAAAAAAAAAAUUCAGAAUACCACUGUAUUAGACAGGUGAGAACUACAACAAAGACUGUCUUGAAUUUACAUGUAUAUUUUAAGGUAUAAAGGCAGCACUUGAAGCUUCAAACCAGGAUUUGGGGAAAGUUGUUGUUCUUGGAACCCCAGCAGAAGAAGGUGGAGGUGGAAAAGUCAAAAUGAUUCAAAAUGGUUGCUUUGAUGAGGUUGAUUUUUGUUUAAUGGCACAUCCAAAGUCAUUCAGCUGUGUUUAUCCAACAUGUUUGGCAAUGCAGGAUGUCAAGGUGACUUUCCAUGGAUUGUCUUCUCAUGCGGCAGCGUUCCCAUGGGAGGGAAUCAAUGCAUUAGAUGCUGCAGUAAUGGCCUAUAGUUUUCUAAGCGUUCUGCGACAGCAGUUGAAGCCCACAUGGCGUCUUCAUGGGAUUAUAACAAAUGGCGGAGCUAAGCCGAAUAUAAUCCCUGAUAAAACAUCAAUGGAAUACUUUGUGAGGGCUCCAACAGAGGGAGAAUUAAAUGAACUUCGAGAGAAAGUACACAGGUGUUUUGAGUCAGCAGCUCAAGCCACUGGUAAGUUUUAAAUAGGACAAUUUUCAGAUUAACUGCACCAGAGGGUUAACUUUGUAACACAUCUAUAGAGUGCCAUUGUUACUACUUAUGUGCAGCACUUGAUAAUAAAUGUAGAAGUUUUAAUUUAAAACUGAAUGCUGGUGAGGGGAAAAAAAGAGGAGAGGUAUGCAAAAAAAUUUGGUCAGUUGAAGAGUCCGGGUGGGUCAUCUCCAGUCAAAUUCUUCACAGCCCAUCAGUGAAUUGGCCACAAGUGGUUGCGCCUCUUUGUGGUACUAGAGCUUAGCCCCUGUUCAAAUAUACCUUUUGGCAGAGGCCCCCAUGGGCCUCUGUGUGGUGCUAGAGCUCAGCACCCUUACAGGUAUUCCCUUUAAUGAUCUUAAAUUAGGGGAGGUUUCAAGGGUGUACUGUGUGGUGCCAGAGCUCAGCCACCGUACUGGUAUUCCCUUUAAUAAUCUUAAAUUAGUGGAGGUCUAAUGGGUCUACUGUGUGGUGCUAGAGCUCAGGCCCCGUACAGGUAUUCCCUUUGAUGAUCUUAAAUAAUAUUAGUGGAGGUCCCGAGGGUGUACUGUGUGGUGCCCGAGCUCAGCCGCUGUACUGGUAUUCCCUUUAAUGAUUUUAAAUUAGUGGAAGGACCAAGGACGUCAGAAGUCUGAUGUUUCUUGUCUGACGACUAAAGUCAGACAUCUGAUAUCAGCCGUUUGAUGUUUGUUGUCUCAUGUCUGAUGUCAGGCUUCUGAUGUUUGUUGUCUGAUGUCAGAUGUUUGAUGUCUAAUGUCUUUUCUCUGAUGUUAGACCUCUGAUAUCAGACCUUCGCCAUUUGUUGUCUGAUGUCUGAUGUAAGAUGUCUGUUUGUUGUUUGAUAUCAGACGUCUGAUAUCAGAGGUUUGAUGUUUGUUCUCUGACAUCUGAUCUCUCAUGUUUGUUGUCUGAUGUUUGAUGUCCAAUGUCUGAUUUGUGACAUCUGAUGUAAGACAUGACGUCUGAUGUCUGAUGUCAAACGUCUGAUGUAAGAUGUGAGAUAUCAGACUUCUGAUGUCCGAUGUCUGAUGCCAGACGUCUGAUGUUUGUUGUCUGACGUCUGAUGUCAGACAUUUGAUAUAAGACGUCUGAUGUCUCCUAUGAGAUGUGUGAUGUUAGAUGUAUAAUGUCUGAUGUUUGUGUUGUCUGAUGUCUAAUAUGAUACAUCUGAUGUUUGUUUUCUAAUGUCAGUCGUCUGAUGCCAGAUGUCUGUUGUUUGUUAUCUGAUGUCAGACGUCUGAUGUUUGUUGCCUGAUGACUGAUGUCAGAUGUUUGUUUCCUGAUGUCAGACAUCUGAUGUCUGACAUCUGAUGUCCAACGUCAGAUGUCUGAUAUCAGAUGACUAAUGUCUGAUGUCAGACGUGUCAUGUUUAUUGUUGGAUGUCAGAAGUGUAAUGUCUGAAGUCUGAUGUCAGACAUCUUUUCUCUGAUGUCAGACUGAGACAUAUCAGACGUCUGAUGUCAAACAUUUGAUGUCUGAUGUUUGUUGUCUGAUGUCAGAUGUCAUACCAUCUGAUGUGUUUUCUACUGUCAGUCGUCUGAUGUCAGAUGUCUGUUUGUUGUCUGAUGUCGUCUGAUAUCAGAAGUUUGAUGCUUGUUGUCUGAUGUCUGAUGUCAGACGUCUGAUCUUUGUUGUCUGAUGUUAAAAGUAUGAUGUCAGACAUCUGAUGCCAGAUGUCUAAUAUCAGACGUCUGAUGUCUCAUGUCAGACGUCUUUUCUGUGAUGGUAGACAUCUUAUAUCAGGCGUCUGAUGUUUGUUGUCUGACAUCUUAUGUCUGAUGUCUGUUGCCUGAUGUCAGACGUCGGAUAUUUGUUGUCUGAUAGACAUCUCAUCUGAUGUUUGUCUUCUACUGUCAGUCGUCUAAUGUCACAUGUCUGAUGUUUGUUGUCUGAUGUCAGACAUCGGAUAUCGGAAGUGUGAUGCUUGUUGUCUGAUGUCUGAUGUCAGGCAUCUGAUGUUUGUUGCCUGAUGUCACAUCUGAUGUUGUUGGAUGUCAGACGUGUGAUAUCUAAUGUCAGACGUCUUUUCUGUGAUGGUAGACAUCUUAUAUCAGAAGUCUGAUGUUUGUUGUCUGACAUCUUAUGUCUGAUGUCUGUUGCCUGAUGUCAGACGUCUGAUAUUUGUUGUCAGCCUGAUUUCAGACGUCUUAUAUCAGAGGUUUGAUGUUUGUUGUCUGAUAGACAUCUCAUGUCAGAUGUUUGAUGUUUGUUGACUGACAUCUGUUGUGUGAUGUUUGUUGUCUGAUGUUUGUUGCCUGAUGUCAGACGUCUGAUGUCUGCUGUCAGAUGUCUGAUAUGUUUAGUUAAAUGUUAGACCUCUGACGUCAGACAUUGGACAUCAGACUUCUGACAUCAAACAUCAGACGUCUGACAUCAGACAUCAGAACACAAACAUAAGAUGUCUGAUGAAUAUCAGAUAAAAGACAUCUGACAUCAGACGUCUGAUAUCAGACGUCAGACUACAAAUUUCAGAAGUCUGAUAAACAUCAGAGGAAAGACGUCGAUAUGAGAGGUCUGACAUCAGAUGUCUGAUAUCAGACAACAAACAUCAGACGUCUGACAUAAGACAUCUGACAUCAGGCGACUGACAUCAGACAACAUGACGUCUGAAAUCUAACAACAAACAUGAGACAUCUGACAUAAGACAUCAGAUAAGAAACAUCAGACGUCUGAUAUCAGACAAUAAACAUCAGAUGUCUGACAUCAGACAUCUGACAUCAGAUGACUGACAUCAGACAACAAACAUCAGACAGGAGACAUCAGUCAUCUGACAUCUGACUUUAAGCAUCUGCCAUCAGACAUCAGACAAUAAGCAUCACAGUUCUGACAACAGACAUGGGACGUCUGACAUCAAGCAGGAGACAUUGACCAUCAGAUGUCUGAAAUCUGACAACAAACAUCAGACGUCUGACAUUGGGGAUCAGACAACAAACAUCAGACGUCAAACAUCUGUCAUAAGACAUCAGUUGUCUGCCAUCAGACAUGAGACAAUAAGCAUCAGACGUCUGACAACAGACAUUGGAUGUCUGACAUCAGACAAUAAACAUCGUUGGACAUCAGACCUCUGACAUCCAACAAUAAACAUCAGACGUCUGACAUAGACAUUAGAAGUUGGACAUCAGACUUCAAACUUCAAACGUCUGAUAUGAAACGUCUAACGUCAAAGAAAAGACUGAUAUCAGAUGUCUCGCAUCGAAUGUCUGACAUGAGACAUCAGACUUCUGAUAACAGACAUCUGACAUCAAAUGUCAGACGUCAAACAUCAGAUGUCUGAAAUCUGACAACAAACAUCAGACAUCAAACAACAAAUAUCCGACGUCCAGCGUCAGACAACAAACAUCAGACAUCUGACAUCAGACAUCAGAACACAAACAUAAGAUGUCUGAUGAACAUCAGAGAAAAGACGUCUGAUAUGAGACGUCUGACAUCAGACGUCUGAUAUCAGACAACAAACAUUAGACGUCUGACAUCAGACGACUGACAUCAGACAACAAACAUCACACGUCUCACAUCAGACACCUGACAUCAAACAAUAAUAAUGAUAAUUAUAAUAAUAAUUGUUAUUAUUAUUAUACUCUGGGCAUCCAGACAUUUGCACUGCCAUAAUAAUAAUAAUAAUAAUAAUAAUAAUAAUAAUAAUAAUAAUAAUAAUAAUAAUAAUAAUAAUAAUAAUAGUAAUAAUAAUCAACCCCCACUAUAAUUUUUUAAAGAAAUGCAAUGUGUGCCUUACACUGUUCUUUACUUUAACAAAUAACAGGUUGUACUGUGGAUAUAGAAUGGAACUCCGUGGUUUAUUCCAACAUGGCAACAAAUGAACAAUUAGCAGUGGUCUAUCAAAAAAAUGCGGAAGAACUUGGCUUGUCUUUUCCAUCUCGCGAGGAGCAAGCCAAAGCAACAUUUGGCUCUACAGAUAUGGGUAAUGUCUCCCAUAUAAAACCUUCCAUUCAUCCUUAUUUUGAUAUCGACACAUCUGUUGCCAAUCACACGCGAGAUUUUACCGAAGCAGCUGGUAGGACAGAAGCUCAUGUUAGAGCUAUUACGCAAGCGAAGGUAAUGGCAUUGACUGCCUUGGAUAUUUUGUGGAAUGAUGAAGUCUGGGGAUUAGUUGUAGCUGAUUUUGAGAAAAAUCACGGAAAAAAUUAAACCUAGAGUCUAACAUUCGUAAUUGGAACAUUAUUUUUUCCUUGCUCACUGAGAUGUCAUCAUCCUAGACCUGUGUGUCCUGAACAAACAGUGAAUUAACUAAACGAACUUUUUUGCCUCAAAGCUUCCUUAUCCCAUAUAACUUGUUUUGUUCGGCAAGGAAUCUAACAAAAAACUUUUUGCAAGGUUAUGAGUUUGAUUUUUGCUGCGAACUUUUUACAUGCCAAACCAAGUAGGCAGUGGAUAAUAUUGUUGAAAUGUCAGCAAACGUUCUCUAGCUAAAAAGGUCAAAGAGUGUAAACUUUCGUUUGCCUGAUCUGCGGUCUUCAAGGGGGCAAAUGAUUUAAAAGGGAAAAUUGUAAUAUAUACAGUGCGCUAAAAAUAUACAAGGGAAUAAUUAAGAAUUUUUGCUAAAAAGAAUGUUUGAAUAUUGUCUUUACCCAAGUUAGGAAUAGGAAAUUUAGUGAUAAGGGGGUAAAAGCAAGAGCGCAGAUUUAUUAAGUUUGUCUACUCAUGAAACUCGUUAUUUAGGAGAGAGAAAAACUGGGGAUCCACAGAGAAAAACCUCUUGCAGCAAGGAUGAUCUCUAACAACAAUCUGAGUACCUAGAUAAUGCAUUCUAAUAAGAGAUUAAUUCUGAAUGGCACUCUAAAAAUUGUAAUUCGUUCAUUAACCCUAGGGCAACUUUAACUUUCAACCGUUAAAU